ACAUUUCCCAUCAUGCAGCUCUGACGUUUCUUCAGUCAGCGGUGACGUCCUCAGACCAGACUGAAGCAGCUGUUUGACUGUGACAUGUAUUCAUUUAAAUGAAGUUGUGUUACUGACAGCAGUGUAAGCAGCGCUGUGACAUCAGAGUCAUUCUGCAGUCACGAGGCUCAAACAAACUCUGCAGGGGUCACAACAAGGGUUCAUCUGGGCGUUGAACUCGGGACCUUUCACACCAGCAGUGAGAAUCGUACCCUCAGCUUUGGCUGCUUUUACUUUACUAGCUUAACCAUCAGCAGGGACACGCGAGCAGCCAGAAUAAGACUGCAGAAACCAGCCUGGAGGAGCUGGGACUCCUCUGAGUGUGUCCCAGCUCCGCCCUCUCAGCUGAUUUUAGCUAUAAUAGAGAUCCUCGUGGAUUUGUUCCAGCCUGGAGUCCAUCCGUGUGACUCGUUUUACUGAUUUACGUCUUCCAGAGUCGAUGGCGGAGCAGAACACAGAGGCGAAGCUGAAGAACCUCCUGAAGCAGGAGAAGAUCCAGCUGUGGAACCCCCCCUACACCGAGCAGGACCAGCAGCCGGGCCAGCAGCACAUGCAGGAGCUGGCGGAGCGCUACGCCCCCCUGGUGUGCCUGCCUGUGUCGGAGGUAGGGGGCGCUCUGGAGUCGAUCCGAGCUCAGGCGGUGAAGAGAGGCAAAGGAAACCAAACAUUCAGGGAGACGAACGUGGCGACGCUGGAGCUGCUGCUGCCCCGAGAUGCCAAGAAGGAUCCAAAGGUGAAGACUUACCUGGAGACGAGGCUGGACAUGUCGGUGCAGCAGGUGGUGGACAGGAUCGCAGAGGAGCACGGUCUCAGAAACAUCAAGCUGAUCCUGAAUGGGAGGACUCUGUCUGCAGAGCGGCGUCUGGACGAGCAGGGCGUGAAGAACCACAGCAAGAUGAUGGUGCUGAAGGUCAGCGACGCCGAGCUGAAGCAACAGCUGACGGAGGAGGAGGAGGAGAAGAGGAACCAGGAGGAGAGCAUCCAGAGGACCCAGAAAGGCUUCCAGAUCCUGUCUGAGAGAGAUGGCAGCGAGGACCCGGACACCACCCCGUUCCUGGAGAUCGCCGACCAGAAGGGAAACCCGCUGAAGAUCCCCCACAAGGAGAAGAAGGCUCUGAUCCUGGCCAUGGGUUUCCAUGAGAAGGGUCGCGCUCUGAUGAAGAGGAAGCAGUACGAUAACGCGCUGUGUCACCUGCUGCAGGCUGACCAGCAGUUCAGUAAGUGUGGCUCGGCCCUGCUCAGCUCGGUGGAUAACUACGCCGUGCUGCAGCUGGACAUCGUGUGGUGUUACUGGGCUCUGGAGGCGCUGUCCUGCCUGGACGACGGCCGGAGCCGCCUGCAGAGAGCCGAGGACUGUUUCCUGCGCUGUUACGGAGUGCAGCAGGAGAGGCUGCUCAUGAUCAAGGGGAACACGGGCAGAGAGGAGGUGCUGUUCCUCCGGCUGUACCUCCUUCAGAGUCUCCUCUCCUACAUCGAAGGAAACGACUCUCAGGCCCGACUGCUGCUCUCCAAAGUGGAGUCUCUGUACGCACGCCUCAGUCCGGACUCAGAGAAGAUGGCUCAGCUGAUGGCUCUGGGCUUCACCGAGAGAGAAGCUCGGCUGGGACUCCGAGCCUGUGGGGGGGACCUGCAGGAGGCCGCCAUCCACAUCAGCACCGGCCGACAGGAGCGAGAGGAGCUGAAGCAGAGGGAGAGGCAGAAGAGGAGGACGAGGAUGGAGGCCAUCUCCACCCUCGCAGAGCUCGGAUUCUCCCGGAGCGACGCCGCCCGCGCCCUGCACCACGCUGACGGGAACGUGGACAGAGCCUACGCCAUCCUGUUGGACUCCAGUCACGCUGCCCAGGCGACCAAUAACAACACAGAGGGCGGGGUCAGUCCGGAGAAGGUGGAGCAGCUGCUGUAUUUGGGUUUCGAGCGGGACUCGGCCGAAGCGGCUCUCAGAUUGACAGGUGGAGACGUUCAGUCAGCGACGCAGCUACUCCUGGACAACCAGGGCGUCCUCUCGCCAGAGCUGCUGUCCCCACCCUCCACGUCCUCCUCCUCUUCCUCCCCCUCCUCGGAGGAGCCCAGCACCUCCUCCAGUUCCCCAGAGGACAGCGAGCUGGUGAACGAGGUGCUGGAGGACAUCGCCCACCACGAGGAGGACUACCUGGACCUGACGCUGGAGGAGGAGAACGAGCUCAUCGCCGCCAUGAAGGCCUACCUGUGCCGCGAGCCCACCCAAACUGUGUGACGCGCUCAGGUCUGGGUGGAGAGUGUGGACGAUGCGAUGAAGACACACACACACACGUACGUCCUGGUGGUUGGUGUGUGAUGCUCAGCGAUGUGCAAAAGUGGAGCGAGUAACGACUCCAUCCGUUCAGCAAUAACUCAGCUUCCUGCAGCUCAAGGACUCUCAGUGUGAUCAGUUUAAUCCGUGAAUUCAGCGCUUGUGACGAGGUUUGAUCCAAGUCUUGUUUUCAGUUCUUUGAAUCAGUUCUUUUAAUCAGUCGAGUUUCAGUUCUUUGAAUCAGUUCUUUGAAUCAGAGUGGGCUGUUUAGUUUGUGAUCUGAGGAGAUUUUCUGUUCAUUCAUUUGUUCUGAUGGAACCAAUAAAAACAAAAUGAAGCUUU